GAAGCGAGCGCGAUAGUAUAUGAAAACAACUCACGAGAGAUCUAUUGCCACUACCCAGUCCCCGACUCUACGCCUAGUUUUUGCGGAGUAACAUCAUCAAAGACCGCGUCGCGUCCUUUAUCCACGCAGAAAGUACAUUUAUACAGUUCUCAAGAUGGCCUUGCUCUCAAAACAGGGGCGUAUCAUUACGCUUCUUAUCAUCGACUCGCUCUUCUUCUUACUUGAAGUCAUUAUCGGUAUGCUAUCGUUAUCGUUCAAAACUCAUCGCGGAAGUCUGCCAUCAGGUUGCUAAGAUAGUCACUACAGGUUAUGCGGUCCAUUCACUAGCACUAGUCGCCGACUCCUUCCACAUGCUCAACGACGUCUUCUCGCUCGUCGUCGCCCUCUGGGCCGUCAACGUCUCGAAAUCACGCGCCGCCUCCGCCGAAUACUCCUACGGCUGGCAACGCGCCGAGAUCCUCGGCGCGCUCGUCAACGGCGUCUUUUUGCUCGCGCUCUGCCUCACCAUCUUCCUCGAGGCCCUGCAGCGCUUCGUCGAGCCGCAGACAAUCACGAACCCGAAGCUCGUCUUCGUCGUCGGCAUGGCGGGCUUGUUUUCGAACAUCGUCGGCCUGUUUCUGUUCCACGAGCACGGACACUCGCAUUCGCAUGGCGGCGAGGACCCCGUCGAUCGGAUGGAGAUCGGCGACUUGCUUCCCGAGGCCGUCGUCGCCGAACACGAGCACGCGUACGAAGACCAGCAGCGCGCGGCCGCGUCUGCGCUCGGAAGUAGCCACAGCGACGAGACCAGCAGCCUUGGUCCGGACGAUAGCGAAUCCACGGGACUGUUGUCGAACGAGCCUGCUCGCGCGAACGGCGCGCGGGCAAAGAAGGCGGGCAAGAAGGGCGCGCACGGCAGUGGACAGUCGCUGAACAUGCGAGGCGUGUUUCUGCACGUCAUGGGCGACGCGCUUGGGAAUAUCGGUGUGAUGGCCAGCGCGCUGUUUAUCUGGUACACGGAGUACUCGUGGCGGUUUUACUUUGACCCGCUGGUGUCGCUGGUUAUUACCUGCAUAAUCUUCACAUCCGCGCUCCCGCUCGUCAAAUCCGCGAGCAAGAUCCUGCUGCAAGCGGCCCCGAAGGGUAUCGACGUCGACGACAUCAAGACCGAGAUCCAAGCGAUGCACGGCGUGAAGUCGGUGCACGACCUCCACGUCUGGAUCCUGCGCGAGAACCUGUACAUUGCGAGCAUGCACGUCAACGUGCUCUCGUCCUCGGCCGACGACUUUAUGACGCUCAGCAACACGAUCCGCAAGUCGCUGCACGCAUACGGCAUUCACUCCGCUACCAUCCAGCCCGAGUACCAAGGUGCGCCGUUGUCGACGACUCCUGUGUCUUCGAGCGGAACGGCGAGUCCGGAUUGUAUGUGCGUCGAGGGAUGCGACCAGGCUAGUUGCUGCGUGGACCCGCAGGCUGCGCUGGAGGGCAACGGGCAUUCGCAUUCUCACUAGAGAUUCGUCUGACGGCUUAGAUGAUUAGAGAAUCAUAUACACAUGCAUUUUCGUAUCCGAGGCUCUAAUCGCUUGUUUUAUUAAGGAGAGUAGUACGAAGACUCACAAGUUGAGCAUUUUCCUCCUUUCCAAUCGCACAAAACCUUCACUUUCUUCAUUUUGGAAAUUCAACGCGGUCAUCGCUUCUCUUCCUCUCUUUCUCCUUAAACCCACCUCGCAAGGAGCGUUUACAUCAUUAGCCUGAGCGACAACCUGAUCAUGAAAAAUUGGAGAGCGUUGUUUUUGGGAAGUACGCGUGCUUCCGCUUAUAUGAUAAACCACGAUACACGGUUGUUACUCUUUGAUUUGUUUUCCUAGUUUGUUAGUUUUUCUGUUGUUUUGUGUGUGUGUUGAUUACUUUUGUUUGCACAACAUGCAGACUUCUUAAUGAAUAUUUUAUCACUCUUA